UUCAGCGGGCGCCGGCGCCUGGAAGGUCAACUUGUGAAGGAGGUGGUGGUAACGCGGGUCUCCCCACUAUUACAGAGGAAAAACGGCCGAGCACGCGAUCUCGGCCUGAGGCGGCGGGGAGAAGUGGACGGGCGGUUUGCUGCGACACCAUGGAGGGCGGCGGCGGAAGCGGCAACAAAACCACAGGGGGGUUGGCCGGCUUUUUCGGAGCCGGUGGAGCAGGCUACUCGCACGCGGAUUUGGCCGGAGUCCCGCGAUACAGAUGAGUUUAUUUUACCAACUGGAGCUAAUAAAACCCGGGGCAGAUUUGAACUGGCCUUCUUUACCAUUGGAGGAUGUUGUAUGACAGGGGCUGCGUUUGGGGCAAUGAAUGGUCUACGGCUAGGACUGAAGGAAACCCAGAACAUGGCCUGGUCCAAACCAAGAAAUGUACAGAUCUUGAAUAUGGUGACCAGGCAAGGGGCACUUUGGGCUAAUACUCUAGGUUCUCUGGCUUUGCUCUAUAGUGCAUUUGGUGUCAUCAUUGAAAAAACACGAGGUGCAGAAGAUGACCUCAACACAGUAGCAGCUGGAACCAUGACAGGCAUGUUGUAUAAAUGUACAGGUGGUCUUCGAGGGGUGGCACGAGGCGGCCUGGCAGGACUAACCCUUACGGGCCUCUACGCGCUAUAUAAUAACUGGGAGCACAUGAGAGGCUCCUUGCUCCAACAGUCUCUCUGAAGAUUACUAGCUGGUGAACGGAGGACACUUUAGUAGUCAUCCAGAUCAAUUUAUAAGUCAGUCUGGAGUCAUUUACUCUUUUACCUGCAACUAGUUUGAAAAAGGAGAUUUCCAGUUUGCUGUGAUGAAGAUCAUGGAUGGUUGACCAGGACUGGCACUCCUUCCAGCCAUUAAUGAGUUGAAGCCAAAACCCUUUGGUGGCUGAGUAAUGUGGCUCUCUUCUCCUUUAAAGAAGAUCUUGCACCUGUUUUUUCUCGUACCCCCUGAACUGGAAAACCACUUACUCCCAGAAUUCAGGUCAUGCUUGUCAAUGCUGUAUCACCACAUUUAUUCAUUUAAUAAUCCAAGACUGUAAUACUGCCCUGUAUCCCAAUAAAGGGUAAAAACAGAACCAAAGUCAUAACUCCAACAUAAAACAUAGUGGGUGUCUCCGAAGUUACUCUUGGCAUUUGUUUAUGCCCCACUAGGCUAAAACAUGUUUUCAUGUUUGUGUUGAAAUGAAGGGCUACUGGCAGCAUUAGCAACUAGGUUAAACUUUUUCUCCAAUAGAGUUGACACUACCCAACCUCAAGAUAUUUCAGAUUAACCAUUAUACCAUUAGUGUACUGUGCUAGAACAAUCUGUGCAACAAUCGUGAUUCUGUACGCGUUAACUCAUCUUACUGGGGAUAAUUCGAAAAAGAUGAUAUAGACACAAGCUGUAAGUUUUUAGGAAGCCUUGGGAAAGCAAGCUAAAGAAAAUAAGGACAAGUUAUUUAAUUUCUGAGUUAGUCUUCUCAUCUUUGAAAUGAAGUUAAAUAAGAUUGCACAGCACGAUAUACAUAAGAAAUACUAAACAACUGGUGGCUAUUGUGAUUGAUUAGAGAAAGUAAAGUAGGGCCUUUCUGAAUGCAUCUAGUUAGAAGGAAUUUGGC